UCUGGCGGCAGCGGGCGGGCGGUGCGCCCUCGCUCCUCGGGCAAGGCGGGGCCGCCGGUGAGCGGGAAAGCGCUGCCACGGGAUUGGAGAGAGGCGGGCGGCUGCGCCCCGAGAUGGCCCGGCCCCGGCCCCGCCUGGCUCAGCUGUCGGAGCCUUCCCGCGCCCGCGCUGGUUGGCAGGGUCGUGCAGUGCAGGCGGCUCGUCCCUCCCGCCCGACGCGGGUUUCGUUUCCUCUACAGAGGCCCUUCGUGGAAGAGCAACUUUACUACAGCGAGAAGCAGCAGCCUCUCUCCCGCAGGGUCACGUUCGCUGCCCUCUGGUGCGGAGAAGGAGCGAGGGCCAUGGCCAGCGCCGGCGGCAGAGGGGCGCGGGGCAGGCGCGGGGCGCAGCCCGCAGCCCCGCGGGGCCGGGGCGCGUCGAGGGCUGUAGCCCGCGGGUCGUCGCCGGGCCGCGGCGCAGGCGGCAGCACAGACGGCCCCUCGACCCGCCGGGCGCCGCGGAGGGACGGAUCUGCCGCCCGUCGCGCCCGCCCGUCGCAGCGAGCGUCCACCGCCAAAAGCCCGUCGGCGCGCCCGGCAGCGGGCGGCGGAGAGGCGACCCCCGCUCCUCAGGGCAGGGCAUCGGCCGUCAGAGCCCCCGCGGCGCGGAGCCGAGCGGCGGUGCCGACGGCCGCCCGCCCGCCCCCGCCGGCUCCGAGCGCCCUGCGCCUCCGGGAAGUGCUGUCGCGGCUCAGCCUGGACCGCCAGGACGUGUCCGAGGCGGCGGGGGUGGUGAACGAGGUCAUCUCGCACCUAAUCCUGGCCAUCCGGAGCCAGCACAGCAGCUUCAGCUCCAUCGAGCGGCUAGGCGCUGGCAGCUACUACGAGCAUGUCAAGAUCUCUGAACCAAAUGAGUUUGACAUCAUGAUUGUAAUGCCUGUUACUAGACUUCAGCUGGAUGAAUGUGAUGACACUGGCGCCUACUAUUAUCUAUCGUUCAAAAGACAGACAGAAGAAAAGCAUUUCUUGAAGUUUUUAGAUGAAGAUGGAAAACUGUCAGCUGCUAAAAUGCGUGAAGCACUAAGAGAAAUUAUUAAACGAGAAAUAAAAAACAUCAAAGAUGUGGAAGUAACCAUGAAAAGGAAAAAGCCUGGAAGCCCUGCAAUAACUCUUCAGAUCAAAACUCUUUCAGCAGAAAUAUCGGUGGACAUCAUCUUGACUUUGAAAGUUCAGCAUAGCUGGCCGCCCAGCACACAGAAUGGCCUCAAAAUUGAACCAUGGCUGGGAAGAAAAGUCAAGAGAGAAUUCAGAUAUACACCACUUUAUUUUGUAGCCAAACAAAACAAAAGAGAAAAGGUUCUAAGAGGAAACACCUGGCGACUCUCCUUCUCACAUAUUGAGAAGGCCAUGAUGAACAACCACGGCAGCUCAAAGACCUGUUGUGAAUCUGAUGGAACAAAGUGCUGUAGGAAAGCUUGUCUUAAGCUUCUGAAGUAUCUUGUUGAGAAACUUAAAGCGAAAUAUCCAAAAGACAUGGAAAAAAUCUGUUCGUAUCAUGUUAAAACUGCUUUUUUCCACUCAUGUGUCAUGUGGCCAGAUGACAGAGACUGGCAGUGGGGAGACCUGGAUCACUGCUUUCAGAAAUACCUGCAAUAUUUUCAGGAUUGCCUGCAAAAGUGUCAGCUGCUACAUUUUUUUAUUCCUCAAUACAACUUGCUCAGCCUGGAAGAUGAAGCGAGCAGUGAUUUCCUUUCAAGACAAAUAAGCGCUCAAUUGAACAACAGAUUCCCAAUAUUUCAGGAGAGCCAUUAAAAAGAUUGUUUCCAGUAACUAUCGAAUCAUGUAGAUUUGCAUAUUUAAAAGAUACUAGGUAAUACUUAUCUUCCUAUCCAAAUGUAGAUGUCACCUGCAAGAUAUCUUCUUAAGAAGAGUUAAUUUUCCACGUGUAAUUUCUGGGGUUCUAAAUCAGUGACUGGCUAAAGUGAAAGAUGAUAAUUUUAUUUGAAAUGAAGAUCCAUUGCUGAAUAUCCAAGAUCUACUCUUGCUUUCUAAAGAAGUCACUGGAGUUACUUUGUCAUCAACUAGAACUUCUCCGGAUCAACUGAGUGGAUGAAGACCUUUUGCAGAGAACCAGCAACAGUGAGCAGAGAGAGAAUACAGUGCCAAAAUAACAUGAAGUUCCUCAAGUAACUUCCAAGACUUCAGAAUUGCUUUGGAAAUAAGUCUUUCCCUAGCCUUUGGAUGGGAAACAAUCAUUACCUAAUAAGCUGCAACAUAGUAAAGGUUAUUGUGCCAAUGAGCAGUUGUGUGACACAUCCUGUAGCAAGAAACAUAUCUUUAACCCAUAUCAAAGAAGAUGGGAGUCUUCAUGUGAAAGGUUAUCAAAACCAAAACGCAGCAGGAACAGGACAUUCUUGGAAGCAGAUUUCAGCUCAGUUUUUCUUAAACUGAAGAGUAUGUAUGUUAGGAAAAGAAAAUAAUCGUAUUUCUGAUAAAUUGUGCGGUUGAUAAACACACGGCAUUUAUGUAUCUACUUAAUGCUCAGCAGUUCACCUUUUGCCUCUUCUUAAAGGAGCCAUGGGAAGUCCAUAUUUUUAGCCUAAUUUCUGAAGGCAAAAUAACCUACUGCCUUAAGUAAUUCUCAAAUUUCACCUCAAUUUUGAGCCAAGAGAAAAAGAUGACAGACCAGAACACCUAGAGAAUAAAUUUGCUAAAAUCCUCUCACCUCACUAGAUUCAGUUUAUUAAUUUUUCAUUUACCCCUAUGACAUGAGUAAACACAAGUUCAGACCAUGCACCAAAUGAUGGAAUAGCUCCUUGCCAUACAAAUUCCAGAGUGAAAACAUACCCUGUUAUCAUUAGGAGUCUGUGUCGCAGAACCUGAUAUCCAAGUGUAAAAUCUGAAUCAAUUUUAUGCAAAAGAAUGAAAAGCUUGAGACACAAGUCUUGCUGAAAAUGAAUUUAAAUUUUAAGUUUAAAAUUAAAAGAACCACAGAAACAAAUCAAAACAAACUUGCUCUGGCAAACACCUGUAGCUGCAAACAGCAGUUUUAAAACAACCGAGUUACCCAUGGAAACACUCCUACAUGCCACUGGCAGAUGUGGUGUAUCAAUGCAAAGGCACAGAGUAUUUUGAAGCCACACUGACAAACGUUGCUUAUGUUCAGUAAUCCAGUUUUCUG